UAAAAUUGAAACGUUACAAAACGGGUUGGAUUCGUGCUUUUUUAUCUCAUUUUACUCGUGUUCGUAGUUCGUACUUUCGAAAUGGCCCGUCAGAGUUUUUCCAUCAAUUUUCUUCUUUUUUUCUUUUGUUUGUGUGCUUUUUUGGAUACAGCCAUGCUGGCAAAUCCUUACCCCGAUUCUCCUACGGUGUAUUAUGUUGAAACUACAGAAGCCGAUUUUGGUGUUAGGAUGUCAUAUGAUCCGGUCAAAGAUAAAGCGUUGAACGUGAUCAUUGCUUAUGAUACGUUAACUACAUCGGCGUCUACUUUUUUCACAACUCAAAUAACAGCCAAGUUGAUCGAUGAUUUUACCAAGUGCAAUGUAAUCGCGUGGAAUUUUAGUCCUUGCACGACAACUAAGAUUUCAACAGGAGCAACGCUGUCUUGUCCUAAAGGUGUUGAUCAAUGUCGUUACGAUCAAGUUCACGGCUGUCUCGAUGACGCUUUCAACUGGCAUCAGGAUACAAUGGGCAAAUUUGUAGUUUGUACUUAUACUGCUGGCAAAUCUUGCGAAGAUUGUAACAAUCAAGAAGGUGGAUUGUUUCCGGAGGAUAUGAAGGCGUGUAUUACUCGUGGUAGUGGAGCUGGCAGCUGUAAUGCUUCUUAUAAUGAUUUUCAGAAUGCCAAAAAGAAACCAAAAACGCAAACUGAAAUAGAUAAUUCAGCGAAUUUGCCGAAUGCCAUUACUGAUUUUAAAAAAUCCACGUGUGCUAUGUUAGCUAAAAUCAAUCUUAAAUGUGAUGCAGUUUGUUCAACUUGAUAUGAUGUGUUUUAAUGUUUAUGGAUGAUCUUUAACUUGAGUCAGUAUUUUAAUGAGUAAGAUUUUUUCGCCUAAUGGUGACCUUUAUUGCAUUGAAAAAUAUCAAAAAAAAUUGUCGAAUGAAUACAUGAUUGUUUUUUUGAAAA